AUGGAGAGUAGAAGAGAAUGCGAGCGGUCGGGGGGUCGCGCAGUAAAGUUGCGACACGGCCCGCACUGCACGUACAACACUCCAGAGAUGGAGCAAACUGACACUCGAAGGAAUGAACGAAGUAGCGACGCUGAUCGAUUCACACACACGACCAAGGCGUCGGUCGGAGUGAGACUGAUCGCGGCGCAACAGGCUGCGGCGCGCGCGCACUCGCUCCACCCCCUCUCCCUCCACACCCCCUUGGAUGGUGGCACUGUUUACUGGUCGAGCUUUUGCAUGCCUGGACUGGACUGUACAUCAGGUAAUGAAACUGCAAGGGUGAUAAACGCCAACGGUGAACCGGCUGAACCCGAC